AUGUCCUCGCAGAAGUUCGUCAGAGAACAAAAAAUAGGUAUAAUCGCACUACAAAAAACGCACCUCUCCAAAAUGGAUGAGGACCCCAUUAACCAACUACCUGGCUCAAGAUUAUUCGUUGUCUUGUCAAUCGACCCUAAUCAAUCCAAUGCCAAAGGCGCUGCUCUAGUCCUGAACAAAAACAUAAUGGACAUGUCCCAAGUCAAAUCUAUAGGAUUAGUACUGGGUAGAGCACUGCUGUGCACCAUAGGAUGGCACAAGGAACACAAACUAAUGAUACUAGAAAUCACCCAAUCCCUGAAGGACAAACCGAACCUAGAUGUCAUGCUCAGUGAUUUUAACCUAGUUGAAGACCCUCUAGAUCACCUCCCACCUAAACAUGACAUAUUUAGUGCCACCAAUGCCUUAAUAGAUGGUUGGCGUCAUGAGAACCCGGACUCCCUAAGGUACUCCUUUGCUCAGUCGGCCCAACAAGGAGGUCGUCAAUCCCGCAUAGACCACAUCUAUGUAAGAGAAAACUUCAUCCCCUUCAACUAUCUAUCCAACAUAAGAUCACCAUUUGUCGGCAAAGGCAGAUGGGCGCUGCCACUACAUGUCCUUAAGGACAAAAAGCUUGGGAGACAGCUACAGAAAGACAUCAUCAGUUCGAAAACUAAUCGCUCUGAUGAGUAUAACCCACAGAUAGUAUUCAAAAUUUUUAAAACAAAGGUGAUCACACUAUGCAGAGACACUGCGAAAAACUCAAAACAUCCCUCAAUGACACAACACUCCCAGAGGAAGAGCAGCAACUGA